GGCGCUGUAUUGUCCGGGCUCGGCCGUGGGGAGGUGGCUGGGGAGGGAAAGAGGAGCCCGCCAGAACCUGCGGCUCCUAUGGGGCGCCCGGGCUCCCCGUGACGCGCCGCUCUCGGUCCCCGCAUGGCGGCGGCCAUGGCCCCGGCGCUCCCCGAGCCGCCCUCCGAGGUGCCCCCGGCCAAGGAGGCAGCGGUGCGGGGCCGCCAGGCAGCGCUGUGGGGCCGGGCGCGCAGCCUGUGCCGGAGGCUGCGGGCGCUGCAGGCUCAGCAGGUGGAGCGGCACGUUCGGCAGCAGCUGGCCGGGCUGGUGCGGUACAUGGGGCGGGCGGCUCCCGCCGGCCUCCCUCGCGUCCUGGGGCCUGACCUGCGGCAGCUGGCGGCCAGCGCCACCGCCCGGCUCCGGGCCGCCCAGGGGGCUUGUGACUCGGACGCCACGGAAAGCAGCAGCAGUAGUGGUGGCUCUAGCUGCGGUUCCGGGGGGGAGACUGAUAGCGAAAGCCCGGAGGAGGAGCGACCCGUACCGACCCCUGCAGCGCAUCAUCGAGCAGAGUGCCAAUGGGCAAUGGAGAGAGCAGCCAUUAUCUGUCAGUGGACGUGGUUGCAGGCUCAGAUCUCUGACUUGGAGUAUCGCAUAAGGCAGCAAACAGAUAUCUACAAGCAACUACGUGCCAACAAGGGUCCAGUUGUCCUUGGUGGUGAUCAGCAGCCUGAAGAUUUGAUGAAACAACAGGGCCGAUUAGGUUCCACAUCAGUGGUGAAUUCCAGAAGGAAUAAGGGACUACCACAUUCCUCCUCUUCCAUCCAGAAGGUUCCUUCUGGAGAGAGACCGUGUGAUUUGUCGCCCUGCAUCCCUUCCUACUUCAUGAACAAUGUGGAGAAACAGAGUUCUCGUCUUACGCAGUCUUUAGGAAACCCUAUGUGUCAAAGUCCCUCCUGUACCCCCAUCAGUGGGUCUCCAGGACCCCCAAAAGCCUGCACGUCACCCCACCAAGUCAACGGAAAAAUUAACUGUUUGCACACAAGCCGCUCCAACAACAUUUCUCUGGCCAGUUUGGAAGCUGAAGAAAUUCUCAAACAGAAACGACUGGAUAGCCUGGCUGCUGUACCCUCUGUACCAGACAACAGCUGUGUUGCAGCUAGAAUCCGCCCCAUUUGCAGAUAUAAGAAACGGAAGCUGGUCCGAGCUAACGCUGUCUCUCUCCUUAGCAAGAAGCCGCAGAAACCUCUCACCAUGAAGUGUAGCUGUGAAUGGCCCAGCACUUGUAUCCUGUGUGGUUGUAAAACCUCUAUUCAGGCCAUAGACCCAGACACUAUGUCCUUAGAAGAGCGUAUAGCACUGCUGGAUUCUGGCUUCCAUCCCAUACUGUCGUUCUCUCCUGACAAGCCUCUUCACUUGCACUUUGAAACCUUACUAAGAGAUGACAGGCAGCAUAGAUUGAGCCAUAAGCUCAAGGCUCUGAAGAUGUCCCAUUUUGGAAAGAAGCCACAAGAUCUAACCAACGUUUUCCCAAAGCUAGGCCUAUCACCUCUCUCUGCAUCCAGUUCAUUGUUUAAGGUGGAGAGGCAGCUUAAAGGAACGGACAAUCACAGCUUGCUUGUUUCUGGUUCUCAGACACAUAAACAUAGUCCUUUGAUGCACCACUUACCAUCUUUGUAUCUAGAAACUCCUCCAGCCCCAUCUUCCAGCCAGUCCCCUUCCACUGCUAAUUCAACAACGGUAUCCUCAAAGAAAAGAAAAGUGGAAUGUUCCUACGACAUCAAUAACAUUGUGAUCCCAAUGUCGAUGGCAGCAGCCACUCGAGUGGAGAAGCUGCAGUACAAAGAGAUUCUAACACCAAGCUGGAGAGUGGUAGAGCCCAAAGAUGUGGAGCCAUUGGAUCAUAUGGACUCUGAGAUAAUGGUUUCCAGGAUGACGGUGCAACCGUGGGAGAAAAGGAGCUCUACAAGAAGUUCUUUGCGACCAUGGACCAGCACUGAGUUGGAAGACACUUCUGAUGAGACCUAUUUGAACCAUCACACCAAGUAUGAGGAGCUUGAACGAGCCCGAUGGGAUUCGUGGGCAGCAGCUGUUUCCCACAAGCGAGGAAACAGGUCCUCCAACAAAACAGAUGGUCGAUGGACACUUCAACCAGCAUCUCCAGAUCCUGGAUUUAAUUGCCUUAAUGACUUUCUCUAUAUGCACCCUUCUUUGGGAUCUCACAGCCCUGAGCCUUUUAACAUUCUGCACCCUCUCUCUAUAAAGAACAGGACUAGAGUGCCGCUGUCCUGCACUGAGGACACCAGACUCUCCCCAGAAAUACUAAAUGAAGUAAUACAGAGUGUACAACCUUGGGAACCACGUACAUUUCCUCUUUCAGACACAGCAUACCAAGCUCUUCUGGAACAGCCAAGUGAAGAUGGAUGCAAGCAGUCAGGAGACUUUCAACAGUGGGACUCUAGCAACAAGCAGGGUAUCAGGACUAACAGUAUAGACUCUGGCAUAUCUAACUCCAGGGAGCCAUGUGUUUCAGAUAUGGACCUGCAAACAGAGGGCAAUAGAAGCUUGGAGGUGUUCACAGACCAGCAAUGCUUCCCAGGAAGGCUGUUCAACAACAGAUGAACACCUGAUUUAUGUGAUGUGUUGUUAGGCACAUAGUUUAUUUCAGAAUCAAAAGCUUGGCUGAUGAGCUGGUUCAGAGGAGCACUGGCAGUGAAUGGUGCUGCCAUGCCUGAGACCUAGAUUCAGAAGCAGAUUUUGGGCUCCCACGUCCCCCGAUUGGGAAGAGUUGGGCACACUGCAGAAAUAAGGUGCUGGACCUCUGAGAGGACAGUGCUGUCCAGAAAAAACAACUGGUUUACUCUGGAGAAAAGGGAUCAAUUGCCCUGCUGGCAAGAAGGUUAGGUGCUGCGACAGUUGCAGCAGCCCAGGAUAAUGCAGAGAGAGAUGGUGGGUUAAAAAACAAAACAACAAAAUGAAAAUCAAACAAUAAAGAGGAAACUAAAUUGGCUGUUCUAACUUUAAUUGUUCAAUAUUCAAACAUCUCUAUCUUGAAAGGGUGCCCCCUGGCUGCACAUCCAGUCUUCAGUGGCUUUUUGUCUAGUGUGUCAUGGUGGAGCAGGAAUAGGAACAGAUUUCCAAGAGAUCAACUGAUAAACACCUGAAAAGGUAUGGGGAAGUCUAAUGGUGCUGCAUGGCUUUUAUUUUUAAAUGCAGCUAUGAAAACAAAUCCUUUCUUGAGAGUAUGUGAAAACCAGGUUCCCUAGGCCUUGCACAAAUGAUGUUUGUAUCAAUUGCCUUCAAAUAAACUACAAAUCAUUUUCA